AUGGCUCUGCGUCACCGCGGGGAAACUCGGCGAGGCUGCUGUGUCCCCUGCGAGGCACCGCCAAUCGUCCCGAGGAUCUUCUCCCUCCCAACCAACAAGCGUCUGCCGGGCUCGUCUCUCUCACAUGUCCACAUGUCGCUAACCUCGUCGUUUUGUUCUUUUCUAGAUGACCCGGAUUAUCUGGAAGGAAAUCAGAGAAAAGUUGAUCCUCCCGUAAGUGGCUUCUAUGCACGGCUUGUCGAUCUGUCGCCCGGGCCCCAUCAACUAAUUCCCAUCCAGCUUCCUGGACAUCGACCUCAAGGUAUCGAGUACCGUGACCAGACCGAUGACAAGGUUACCGUCGAAGCCGCUGAGGCCAUCAAGAAGUAUGGCGUUGGUGUCAAGUGCGCCACCAUCACUCCCGAUGAGGCCCGUGUGGAGGAGUUCAAGCUAAAGAAGAUGUGGCUGUCCCCCAACGGUACGAUCAGAAACAUCCUCGGCGGUACCGUCUUCCGUGAGCCCAUUGUCAUCCCCGCCAUCCCCCGUCUGGUGCCUGGCUGGACCAAGCCCAUCAUUAUCGGUCGUCACGCCUUUGGUGACCAGUACCGUGCCACUGACCGGGUCAUCCCCGGCCCCGGCAAACUCGAGCUGGUCUACACCCCGGCCAACGGCCAGCCCGAGUCCGUCCAGGUCUACGACUUCCAGAGCGGCGGUGGUGUCGCCAUGAGCAUGUACAACACCGAUGACUCCAUCCGCGGCUUCGCUCACUCCAGCUUCAAGAUGGCCCUCCUCAAGGGUCUGCCCCUGUACAUGAGCACCAAGAACACCAUCCUGAAGCGCUACGACGGCCGCUUCAAGGAUAUCUUCCAGGAGAUCUACGAGGCCGAGUACAAGAAGGAAUUUGAUGCCAAGGGUAUCUGGUAUGAGCACCGUCUCAUCGACGACAUGGUCGCCCAGAUGAUCAAGAGCGAGGGUGGCUUCAUCAUGGCCUUGAAGAACUAUGACGGUGAUGUCCAGUCCGACAUUGUCGCCCAGGGCUUCGGCUCCCUCGGUCUCAUGACCUCCACCCUUACCACCCCCGACGGCUCUGCUUUCGAGUCCGAGGCCGCCCACGGUACCGUGACUCGUCACUACCGUGAGCACCAGAAGGGCCGUGAGACCUCCACCAACCCCAUUGCCUCCAUCUUCGCCUGGACCCGUGGUCUCGUCCAGCGUGGUCAGCUCGACAACACUCCCGACGUUGUGACCUUCGCCGAGGAGCUUGAGCGCGCUUGCAUUGAAGUCGUCAACGAGGAGGGCAUCAUGACUAAGGAUCUCGCGCUCUCCUGCGGCCGCAAGGAGCGUGAGGCCUGGGUGACGACCCGCGAGUACAUGGCCGCUGUGGAGCGCCGUCUCAAGGCCAACCUCAAGUCCCGCCUUUAA